ACAGUGCAAGAGUUUAUUUCCAAGUAUACGAUCCCGCAAAUAGAGUAGUGCAAGGAUGCGUUCGAUUUAUUUGCUGCUGCUAGUUUUUGCUGUGACACCGCAAGCAUUCGCCCAACAACCAGAUUGUCAACUCUAUAGAAAUGGUGAAGCCUUUCCGGACGAUAACAAUUGCAAUCGGUAUUAUGUUUGUAGGCGAGGAAGAGCUAAGUUACGUAACUGUCGUCGGGGAUUGUUAUUCGAUUCCAUAUCGGGGGUGUGUACCCGUCCCGAGCUUUCUGACUGCAGUAGGAGGAAUUGGGACAACAUACCACGACUACCACCACCACCGCCACGACCUUUUAUAGAAGCAUCACCACCUUGUACAAGAGCACCACCACCUUGUACAACAACCCCACCACCUUGUACGACAACUCCACCACCUUGUACAACAACCCCACCACCUUGUACAACAACCCCACCACCUUGUACGACAACUCCACCACCUUGUACAACAACUCCACCACCUUGUACGACAACAAUUUGUGCGCCAACAUCGACAACCUGUACAACAGCAACAACAUGUACACCAGAGACAACAACGAAGGUAACCACUACUAAAACAACUACAACAAAAACAACUACAACAAAAACAACUACAACAAAAACAACUACAACAAAAACAACUACAACAAAAACAACCACAUGCGCAACCGAGUCUCCGACAACACCAUGCGCUUGCAAACAGGAUACACCGGCACCAACAACAUGCACGACAACAACUUGUGCCCCAGCAACAACAACAAAAACAACUACAACAAAAACAACUACAACAAAAACAACUACAACAAAAGCACCUACAACGACAACAACAACAUGCGCGACCGAGUCUCCGACAACACCAUGCACUUGCAAACAGGAUACACCAGCACCAACAACUUGUGCAUCAACAACGACAACUUGUGCACCAACAACCACUAAGGCAACUACUACUAAAACAACUACAACAAAAACAACCACAACAAAGGCACCAACAACAACAACAUGCGCAACCGAGCCUCCGACAACACCAUGCACUUGCAAACAGGAUACACCGGCACCAACAACCUGUACAACAACAACAACAACAUGUACACCGACACCAACAACCUGCACAACAACACCAUGCACACCGACACCAACAACCUGUACAACUACAACAUGCGCAACCGAGCCUACGACAACACCAUGUACUUGCAAACAGAAUACACCGGCACCAACAACCUGUACAACAACAACAACAACAUGUACACCGACACCAACAACGUGCACAACAACAACAUGCACACCGACACCGACAACGUGCACAACAACACCAUGUACACCGACACCGACAACCUGCACAACAACACCAUGUACACCGACACCAACAACCUGCACAACAACAACAUGCACACCGACACCGACAACCUGCACAACAACAACAUGCACACCGACACCGACAACCUGCACAACAACACCAUGCACACCGACCCCGACAACCUGCACAACAACACCAUGUACACCGACCCCGACAACCUGCACAACAACACCAUGCACGCCCACUCCCUGCCCAGCAAACUUAGUAUACUACGAUGACCGUUAUUAUGGUUACGAUAAUUACAACAGUUACGACAAUUACAAUGAAUACGACAGCACCGAUCGCAUUAUACGCGUGAUGACUUCGUCCAGAGAUUGUGAAGCCUUGCCCGAUGGCACUUACCUUGUAGAUCGUCGCCGUUGCAGUCGUUUCUAUGUGUGCCUCUAUGGACAAGUGGUGAGAUUGAAUUGCCCGAGAGGCUCAUGGUUCGAUCGUGAGUUAGAGUCUUGCCGUCCUCGUCGCGAGGUGACGAACUGUCGCUAAAUGUUAUUGAAAAACUUAGCAAAUAGCAGACAAACGUUAAUGGACAGAGAAUAUUAUGAAAUUACUAAUAAUGCUGAUAAGGUGCUCAACAAUUCCCUGGGCUCAAAUGUACACAUUAUUAAUGAAUUCGUGAUAUUAAAAAUGUAUCAUAUUUUUCGAUUAAGUUUUGUGCGCACAUAAACUUAUCUAUUACUAACACUCAAAUAUAAAGUAUUGUAACCCGAGCAUUCCAAAAACGUGAAA